AAAGAUUUUAGUGUAGGAAAAAGAUGGAUCCUCCUCUCUUUUUUUCUAGGGCAAUGGCUAGCAUCUACAAUCUCUUCAUCAUCAACAAGUCUGGAGGACUCAUCUACUACAAGGACUAUGGAUCCACAGCCAAGCUCGACACCAACGACAGCUUGAGGCUAGCGAGUCUCUGGCAUUCGAUGCACGCCAUCUCCAAGCAGCUCUCCCCAACUCCUGGAUGCACGGGAAUCGAGCUCCUCCAAGCCACCGCCUUCGACUUACAUUGUUUCCAAUCUCUCACAGAGACCAAGUUCUUCGUUGUAGCGGAAUCAGGAGCCAUCGGGAUCGAGGCUCUCUUGAAAACCAUCUACGAGCUCUACACCGACUACGUCCUCAAGAAUCCCUUCUACGAGGUGGAGAUGCCGAUCAGGUGUGAGCUCUUCGAUCUUCAUCUCGCGCGGCUCAUCUUGCGAGACAAGUCUGUGCUCGUCUGACUCUUGUCUUAGGCUGUCACCUCGUUCUACCAAAACCAAUCUUUUAGAAGGAAAAGAGAGAGAUCUAAUCUUGUUCUUGUACCUUUUCUGUCAAUGACGAUACAAGCGAAUUCAAGGUGCGAAUUUCCUCGUU